CUUAGCCCCACCCAACUAAAAAUGACAGAACCCAUUCCCCCUCGUCCGACACACUCCCUUGCCGGCAAAGUCGCCAUUGUCACCGGUGCGGGGGCCACGCCGGGCGCAAUCGGCAAUGGCCGCGCUGCCGCCAUUCUCCUCGCAGAGGCAGGCUGCGCCGUGGUAUGCGUCGACCUGAAGCUCUCGCUCGCCGAGGAGACGGUCCAGAUGAUUCAAGCCGACGGUUUUGGGCGCGGGGUCGCCAUAACGGCGGACGUGACGAGCCCCGAAGACUGUCGACAGAUUGUCGAUCUUGCGCUCUCGACCUACGGCCGUCUAGACAUUCUGGUCAACAAUGUGGGGGUCAUGGGCGCCAAGGGGAGCGCUGUGGAGGUGAAUCUCAAUGCCUUCAUGGACGGGCUACGCACCAAUGUGGCCAGUAUGGUGCAGAUGGCCAAGUAUGCCAUCCCCGUGAUGGCGGCAAAUGCCGGGCAGUGCGCGGGAAGCAUUGUGAACAUGUCCAGUGUGGCCGGGUUGCGGGGAGGCACGCCGCAUCUUCUGUACCCAACGAGCAAAGGGGCGAUUGUGAAUAUGACCCGAGCCAUGGCAGCCAACCAUGCUGCUCAUCGGAUUCGGGUGAAUUGUGUCUGCCCGGGCAUGGUAUAUACGCCCAUGAUGUAUCAGAACGGUAGUGGGGGUAUGAGCCCUGCUGAGCGAGAGGCACGCAAAGCGAGGAGCCUCUUGCAGACCGAAGGCAAUGGGUGGGAUGUGGGCGCCGCGGUGCGGUUUCUCGCAAGUGAUCUCGCUCGAUGGGUGACCGGGGUGGUCCUCCCCGUGGAUGCUGGUACCACGGCGGCUACGGGGAUUGGGAUGCAAGGACUUCAUACGUCGAACCUACCACCUGGAACGAAGCCCAAAGCUUGAAUCGGCG